UCACGUGGGUGGGCGGAAGAUAGACGCGCGGGUAAGGCCGAACCCAUGCUUUCUGUCACUUUGAACGACAGUGCCAGUGACAGAGACAUUGGCAUCGCUGUCAGAAGGAUGGGCAAAGCAUACCCCGAAGAGGCACGCAGCCAAGUCAAGCAGCUGCUGCAGCAAGGUGUUGCCGAGGAUGAGAUAGAGAAACAGACGGGCGUGUCCGACAGGACUAUUCGCCGCUGGAAGGUAACCCACUGA